AGUUUAUCAAAUAUUCAUCAUUGCUUAGUGGCUUUACUUGAGUGUUUUGGGUGGCCCUGAAAAGGGCCGAUUUUCGCCUCAAGCUUGCUGCUGAACAGCUUACUUGGAGCUGGUGUACUUGGUGACGGCCUUGGUGCCCUCAGACACGGCGUGCUUGGCCAACUCUCCGGGCAGGAGGAGACGGACGGCGGUCUGGAUCUCCCGGGAGGUGAUGGUGGAGCGCUUGUUGUAGUGGGCGAGACGGCUGGCCUCGGAGGCGAUGCGCUCGAAGAUGUCGUUGACGAACGAGUUCAUGAUGCUCAUGGCCUUGCUCGAGACGCCAGUGUCGGGGUGGACCUGCUUCAACACCUUGUAGAUGUAGAUGGCGUACGACUCCUUCCUGCGCUUCCUCUUGCCCUUCUUGUCCGACUUGCUGAUGUUCUUCUGGGCCUUGCCAGACUUCUUGGCAGCCUUUCCGGAGGUUUUGGGUGGCAUGGUGAGUGCGGUUCAGUCCAAACAGAUCUGAUGCUGCCCCAGUGAAAGGGCCCCGUAUUUAUCCGGCAGCGGCGGAGCGGCGCGCGAGCCACUCUCCUCUCUCCGCAACUUCCAUUGGUUCGGAACCGCUAACUCGGUCGGCGGCCUUUUGUCGCGCCGCACUCCCCCCUUCGAGUAUAAAUACUCUGAGGCGGCCCUAGGCUGGCAUCUGUUUCGUUUCGUCGCAACAAGAACAAGCAUCAACAUGUCUGGACGUGGCAAGGGAGGAAAGGUGAAGGGAAAGGCAAAGACCCGCUCCAGCCGUGCCGGACUUCAGUUCCCCGUCGGCAGAAUCCACCGUCUGCUGAGGAAGGGCAACUACGCCGAGCGCGUCGGUGCCGGCGCCCCCGUCUACCUGGCCGCCGUCAUGGAGUACUUGGCCGCUGAAGUCCUCGAGUUGGCCGGCAACGCCGCCCGCGACAACAAGAAGUCAAGAAUCAUCCCCCGUCACUUGCAGCUCGCCAUCCGCAACGACGAGGAGUUGAACAAGCUGCUCUCCGGCGUCACCAUCGCCCAGGGAGGUGUCCUGCCCAACAUCCAGGCCGUCCUCCUCCCCAAGAAGACCGACAAGAAGGCAUAAGCGCCCGAAACAUCAGUCUUCGAAAAUCGGCCCUUUUCAGGGCCACCCAAAUUACUCAAAUAAGAGUGCGAAAGCAAUGAUGGAAAUAUUCAGUUAAUGAUGAUAUUUAAUUAGUGCCAACUGCCAUUUAUAAAAAUAAAAAUGAGUGCAUUAACAUAAAUGCC